UGAGCAGAGUUGCUGUGAUUCGUGAAGCCUGAAGCCUGACAAAGGUGCCGGUGCUGCACUCCAAAAUUCCAAGUUCCACAUUUCCAAGUUCCACACAUGCUCGCAAUUUCGCCCACCUCGUGAUGUCAUGAUGGCUAUGUCUUGUAGACAGGCAAUUGGCCUGCCCCUCCCCUCCUUCGAAGUUGCCCCCUUUGGCACAUUUCUUGGGAGUGGGGACCCCUUCUUGAUCGCACCUCUGCGCACAAGUUCCGGUGCCUCUACCUCGGGCAGCUUAGUCACGCCAGUCACUGCAUCCAAGGAGAGUUUGAGCGGUGAGCAGAGAUGGAGGGAAGGGGCCAGGGGACAGGUGGCAGCAGAGGCGUUCAGAGGCAGAGCUCGAAGAGCAGGGAUCAGCGAGAUUAUUGGCACCAAUGCAGCUGCUACCACCGUCUCUCUGACGGACACUCAAAAGGCGCUGGUGGAGGAGGCGGAGGAGGAGCAGUGGGGCCUGUACCAGCUGGCCAUGGAGGGCAACACCACCAAGAAGGUCGAGUUCAGGGGGACGCGCCUCGGCUACCACCCUGAACUUGGCAAGGGCAUUGUGGCCGCCUACGACAUCCCCGCCGCCGACAAGCAGCGGAUCAUCCUGGAGGUACCGUCGUACCUGUUUUGCUCCCUCAGCGCCUACACUCCUUUCCGCUUCCGGCCCGACUUCCUUGAGCCCGACAACCCUGUCGUCGCCGAGCUCAACGAGACCGACGAAAUGUUUGACGGGGACACGCGGCUGGCGCUGCUGCUGCUGAUGCUCAAGAACGACGACGGGUACGACUUCCCGCUGCGGCCCGACUUCUGGCGGCAGUACAUCGGGUACUACCCCGGCGUGGAGGACUGCCCCAGCCUGCUGCUGGCCACGCCCGACGAGCUGGCCGAGCUGCAGGACGACCACCUCGCACAGCACUUCCGCCACCAGCAAGCGCGCUCCGAGGCCCUCCACAAAAAGCACUUCACGGGCGCGGUGCCGCGGCGGCAGCGCGUGAUGUGCCGCACGCUGGACGAAUUCCGGUGGGCGCUGGCCACGGCGCGCGCGUACCAGCUGCCGUACGAGUGGCACGUCUCCUCGCAGGCCUUCCCGGCCAGCGCCCUCAUCCCCUAUGCCGAUCUGCUGAACCACUCGGACUCCGCCAACUGCACGUACCGCUGGAACCGCAACACACAGGCGCUGGAGGUGGUGCUGCUGGCGGGGCGCGCCGUGGCCGCGGGGGAGCAGCUCACGCUGGCCUACCACCACAAGGAGACCAACGCGGGGCUCAUGAAGAACUACAGCUUCGCCCUCAAAAAGAACCGGUACGAGCGGGUAACCGUGGAGUCGGAUGCGCGGGUGCAUCACGACUCGCUGCUGUCGGCCCUGGGGGUGGCCGGCAUCGAAGACCACUACUCGUACAAAGGUCCGUCGUCCAGCUGGCGCGCGCAGUUCGUGGACGGGCACGUGUACGCCGCGCUGCGGUGCCUGCCGCAGUGGUACGGCCCCGGGGUGCCCCCCCUGCCGGAGGACGAGCGCGCCGCCGCGCUGGGGCUCGCGGACGCGUACCGCGCACUGCUGGACGCCGCACCCACCACCCUGCAGCACGACAGGGACCUCCUCGCCCGGGCGCAGGAUGACGUGGGGCUCAUCAGCGUUCGUCACACCACAGCUCUCAAGUACCGGCUAGAACGGAAGGAGUUUAUCUCGAAAAUAAUAGAGGUGUUGCUCUUUUACGCUGACGACAUUGUACUAUGACGGUCUCGAUAAUCAGAGGAUCUCUACAACGUUUCAUUCAAACGCCUUCUUGUGUAGAAGCUGGUCAGAUAAGAUCGAUGACACGAUUCAAAAAGCAUGCGCCUUUAUCGUCUUUAAGGCUGUGGCACACAUGCUGGCAUGUGCAGCCAAUCUGCGCGGCCG